GCCUCGUGCGCGCUCGACUGCUUGCGCCACCUAAACUCGGAACAUCGGAACUGAGGUUCGGCGCCGACGCACAACGCGGCGCCGCGCUCGCACUAGUUCCGAUUUCGCGUCGCGUGGUGGCGGCCGACGUUCCAGCUGCUUCAGCUGCUGGUGGCCCUCGACAUCUUCCUCUUUUUCUUUAAUGACGCUAACGGCCCCAACGUGUCGCCGUGGUUGCCUAGCGCACUGAGCGUCUGCUCGUGGCAGCGACGGCGCUCCUCCCACGCAGGCACGACAGACGACGCGCGGAAAUCAUGGCGUCUGCUACACUCGCCUCGUAGCUCGGCUUUUUUCGUGAGAAAAAGUUUUUGUGCGAUCCGGUGUGCUCGGGAGGGUGUGGUGUUGUUGUCGCCCCAACCGAUCAACGCCUGCCGCCGUGGUGGAGGGGGUUACGUGCGCGGUGAGGUUCGACGAGAUGUCGAAUCCGGCGUCGCCCGUGUCGCGGACUUCGACGGCGCCCAGCUCGGGCCGCGCGUCGCCGGCGCCGAUGCCCGCCUGCCCCGUGGUCGCCAACGGAAACGGACCCGCGUUGCGCCGGGCCAUGCUUCGCCAUUCGUCCAUCAGCAGCGUGGAAUUCUACGACGUCGCGUUCAAGGUGAUGCUGGUGGGCGACUCCGGCGUGGGCAAGACGUGCCUGCUGAUCCGCUACAAGGACGGCUCCUUCCUCAGCGGGGCCUACAUCUCCACCGUCGGCAUGGACUUCAGGAACAAGGUUGUGACCGUAGAUGACUACAAGGUUAAACUGCAGAUAUGGGACACGGCGGGCCAGGAGAGGUUCCGGAGUGUCACGCACGCCUACUACAGGGACGCACACGCGCUCCUGCUUCUCUACGACGUCUCGAACAAGACCAGCUUCGAUAACACGAGGGCGUGGCUGGGCGAGAUCAACGAAUACGCGCAAGAUGACGUCGUCAUCAUGCUCAUCGGCAACAAGGCCGACAUCACGCAGGACCGCCAGGUGCGCACCGAGGACGGAGAGAGGCUCGCUAGGGAGUACGGCGUGGCCUUCAUGGAAACCAGUGCCAAGACAGGCUGCAACGUGGAACUGGCCUUCAUGGCCGUGGCACGGGAACUGAAGCAGCGGGCGUCCCGGUCGGUGCACGGCGCCUCGGGCCGCUUCAACAUGACCGAGUACAUUCGCCAGGAGAGCCAAGCCAGGCCCAACGGCUGCUGCAGUAGUUAGGGAUGGCGCGUCAAGCUCCGGCUGCCCUUCUAGCACCCCCAGCAAACUGCGCACGCC